AUGAGUUCCGAUGCCGAGAUGGCCCAGUAUGGGCCAGCGGCCAUCUUUCUCCGCAAACCUGAGAAGGAGAGAGUCGAGGCUCAGAACCGACCAUUUGAUGCCAGAACAGCCUGCUUUGUGCCUAAUGCCAAGGAGCUGUACAUCAAAGGUCUAAUCCAGAACAAAGACUGUGGCCAAGUCACUGUGAAGACUGAAGCUGAUGAGAUUGUAACAGUCAAGGAGGAAGACUGCCAUCCCAUGAAUCCCCCAAAGUACGAUAAGAUUGAGGACAUGGCCAUGAUGACCCACCUCAAUGAGCCCUCUGUGCUGUUUAACCUCAAAGAUCGUUAUGCAGCGUGGAUGAUUUAUACCUACUCUGGGCUCUUCUGUGUCACUGUAAACCCUUACAAGUGGCUGCCUGUGUACGACCCAAUUGUGGUGGCGGCCUACAGAGGGAAGAAGCGCAUGGAGGCCCCACCUCACAUUUUCUCCGUUUCUGAUAAUGCAUAUCAAAAUAUGCUUACAGAUCGUGAGAACCAGUCUGUCCUGAUCACUGGAGAAUCCGGUGCAGGGAAGACUGUCAACACCAAGCGUGUCAUCCAGUACUUUGCGACAAUCGCAGUGGCUGGUGGCGACAAGAAAGAGCACUCCUCUGGUAAAAUACAGGGGACACUGGAAGAUCAAAUCAUUUCAGCGAACCCUUUGCUGGAGGCAUUCGGGAACGCCAAGACUGUGAGGAAUGACAACUCCUCACGAUUUGGUAAAUUCAUCAGGAUUCACUUUGGAACCACAGGAAAACUGGCUUCUGCGGAUAUUGAAACCUAUUUGCUGGAAAAGUCAAGAGUGUCGUUCCAGUUGUCUGAAGAGAGGAGCUACCACAUCUUCUACCAGAUACUGACUGGCCACAAACCAGAGCUUAUAGAAAUGCUUCUCAUAACAACAAACCCAUAUGACUACCCCAUGAUUAGUCAGGGGCAGAUCACUGUGGCCAGCAUCGACGACAAAGAAGAGCUGGUUGCUACAGAUACAGCCACUGAUGUAUUGGGCUUUACCACCGAUGAGAAAAUGUCCAUCUACAAGCUGACAGGCGCUGUGAUGCAUUAUGGAAACAUGAAGUUCAAGCAGAAGCAGCGGGAGGAGCAGGCGGAGCCCGAUGGCACAGAGGUGGCAGACAAAGUGGCUUUCCUCAUGGGUCUAAACUCCGCUGACUUGUUGAAAGGCCUCUGCUACCCCAGAGUGAAAGUGGGGAAUGAAUAUGUCACCAAGGGCCAGACAGUCCCCCAGGUCACCAAUUCAGUUGGUGCUCUGGCCAAGUCUGUCUAUGAGAAGAUGUUCUUAUGGAUGGUUAUUCGAAUCAAUGAGAUGCUGGACACCAAGCAACCAAGACAGUUCUUCAUUGGGGUGUUGGACAUCGCUGGAUUUGAAAUAUUUGAUUACAACAGCAUGGAGCAACUCUGCAUUAAUUUCACCAACGAGAAGCUGCAACAGUUUUUCAACCACCACAUGUUUGUGUUGGAACAAGAGGAGUACAAGAAAGAAGGGAUUGACUGGGAGUUCAUUGACUUUGGUAUGGACUUGGCAGCCUGCAUUGAGCUCAUUGAAAAGCCAAUGGGCAUCUUCUCCAUCCUUGAAGAGGAGUGUAUGUUCCCCAAGGCAUCAGACACUUCUUUUAAGAACAAACUUUAUGACCAGCAUCUUGGAAAAAACAAUGCUUUCCAAAAGCCAAAGGUUGUCAAAGGCAAGCCUGAGGCUCACUUUACUCUGGUGCACUAUGCCGGCACUGUGGACUACAACAUCUCCGGCUGGCUGGAGAAGAACAAAGACCCUCUGAAUGAGUCUGUGGUGCAGCUGUACCAGAAGUCAUCAAUGAAAUUGCUGUCCUUCUUGUAUGCUUCAUUUUCUGGUGCUGAAGCAGAUGCUGGUGGCAAAGGUGCAAAGAAAGGAGCUAAGAAGAAAGGCGGCUCAUUUCAGACGGUGUCUGCAGUUUUCAGGGAAAAUCUUGGAAAACUAAUGACAAAUUUGAGGAGCACCCAUCCUCAUUUUGUGCGUUGCCUGAUUCCAAAUGAGAUAAAAACUCCAGGUAUCAUGGACAAUCACUUGGUUAUCCACCAGCUGCGCUGUAACGGUGUGCUGGAGGGUAUCAGGAUCUGCAGGAAGGGAUUCCCCAGCAGGAUUAUUUAUGCUGACUUCAAGCAGAGGUACAAAAUCCUUAAUGCCAGUGCCAUCCCUGAAGGACAGUUCAUUGAUGGAAAGAAAGCUGCAGAGAAGCUUCUUGGUUCAAUCGAUGUUGACCACACUCAGUACAGAUUUGGGGCUACAAAGGUCUUCUUCAAAGCUGGCUUACUCGGCACUCUAGAGGAGCUGCGAGAUGAAAAACUAGUUUCUCUAGUGACCCAGACUCAAGCCCUGUGUCGUGGUUAUCUCAUGAGGAAAGAAUUCUCCAAGUUAAUUGCUCAAAAAGACUGUGUCUGGAUUCUGCAAUAUAACCUGCGCUUGUUCAUGAAUGUGAAGCACUGGCCAUGGAUGAAGCUGUUCUUUAAAAUAAAGCCACUUCUGAAGAGUGCAGAGACUGAAAAGGAAAUGGCAACCAUGAAAGAGGACUUCAUCAAAUGUAAGGAGGAUCUGGCUAAGUCAGAGUCGAAGAGGAAGGAUCUUGAGGAGAAAAUGGUUUCUCUUUUACAGGAGAAAAAUAACCUCCUUUUGCAAGUGCAAUCUGACUCAGAAAAUCUUUGCGAUGCAGAGGAGAGAUGCGAAGGCUUGAUCAAGAGCAAAAUCCAGCUGGAGGCCAAACUCAAAGAGGUGACCGAGAGACUGGAGGAUGAGGAGGAAAUGAACGCUGAGUUGACUGCCAAGAAGCGGAAACUUGAAGACGAAUGCUCUGAGCUCAAAAAGGACAUUGAUGACCUGGAGAUCACUCUGGCUAAAGUAGAGAAGGAGAAACAUGCGACAGAAAACAAGGUGAAAAACCUGAUGGAGGAGCUGGCUGCUCAGGAUGAAAACAUUGGCAAACUGACCAAAGAGAAGCGAGCCCUUCAGGAGGCUCAUCAACAGGCACUGGAUGAUCUCCAAGCCGAGGAAGACAAAGUCAACUCUCUGGCCAAAGCCAAGGCGAAGCUUGAACAGCAAGUGGAUGAUCUUGAGGGUUCACUGGAGCAGGAAAAGAAGAUCCGCAUGGACCAGGAAAGAGCCAAGAGGAAGCUCGAGGGGGAUCUGAAACUCACACAAGAAUCCCUGAUGGACCUGGAAAAUGACAAACAACAAUCUGAGGAGAAGAUUAAGAAAAAAGAAUUUGAAAACAACCAGCUGCUCAGCAAGAUUUCAGACGAGCAAACAAUUAACAACCAGUUUCAGAAGAAGAUAAAGGAGCUCCACGCUCGUAUUGAAGAACUAGAGGAAGAAGUUGAGUCUGAACGAGCCGUCAGGGCAAAGAUCGAGAAGCAGAGGUCCGACCUCACCAGGGAGAUCGAGGAGAUCAGCGAGAGGCUGGAGGAGUCCGGAGGAGCCACGGCCGCUCAGAUCGAGAUGAACAAGAAGCGGGAAGCCGAGUUCCUCAAACUGCGGCGUGACCUGGAGGAGUCCACGCUGCACCACGAGGCCACAACUGCCGCGCUGCGCAAGAAGCAGGCGGACAGCAUGGCUGAGCUGGGAGAGCAGAUCGAUAACCUCCAGAGAAUCAAACAGAAACUGGAAAAGGAAAAGAGUGAGAUGAGAAUGGAGAUCGACGAUUUGUCUGUUAAUAUGGAGACAGUUGCAAAAACCAAGGUCAACCUGGAGAAGUCGUGUCGCUCACUUGAAGAUCAGCUUCUGGAGCUAAAGACCAAGAAUGAUGAAAACAUGCGGCAAAUUUGUGAUCUCACCAAUCAGAGGGCUCGGUUUCAAGCUGAAAAUACUGAAUGCUCGCGUCAAAUGGAAGAGAGAGAGAGUCUCAUCUCCCAGCUGACGAGAGGGAAACAGGGAUUCACCACACAGAUUGAUGAGCUGAAAAGACUGAUCGAGGAGGAAACAAAGGCAAAAAACGCCCUGGCUCACAGUUUACAGUCGGCCCGUCAUGACUGUGACCUCCUGCGAGAGCAGUAUGAGGAGGAGCAGGAGGCCAAAGCUGAGCUGCAGCGCAGUUUGUCCAAAGCAAACACUGAGGUGGCUCUGUGGAGGAACAAAUAUGAGACUGAUGCCAUCCAACGCACCGAGGAGCUGGAGGAAGCAAAGAAAAAGCUCGCCCAGCGCCUCCAAGAGGCUGAAGAACAUAUUGAGGCAGUGAACUCAAAGUGUGCCUCGCUGGAGAAAACUAAACAGAGACUUCAGAAUGAGAUGGAGGAUCUCAUGGUGGAUGUGGAAAGGUCCAACAGCUUAGCUGCCACCCUCGACAAGAAGCAGAGAAGCUUUGACAAGGUCGUAGCUGAGUGGAAGCAGAAGUACGAGGAGUCUCAGGCGGAGCUGGAAAGCUCUCAGAAAGAGUCUCGAUCUCUGAGCACUGAGCUUUUCAAACUGAAGAACUCCUACGAAGAAGCACUGGAUCAUCUGGAGACCAUGAAAAGGGAAAAUAAAAACCUGCAACAGGAGAUCUCAGACUUGACGGAGCAACUCGUGGAGGCCGGCAAGACAAUUCAUGAGCUGGAGAAGUUCAAGAAGCAGGUGGAGACAGAAAAAUAUGACAUGCAAACCUCCCUUGAAGAAGCUGAGGCUUCCCUGGAGCAAGAGGAGUCCAAGAUCCUGCGUGUGCAGAUGGAGCUGAACCAGUUAAAGGCUGAAGUUGACAGAAAAAGGCCAGGAAUGCUGAGGAGAAGGCUAAGAAGGCCAUCACUGAUGUAA